CACCACAAAUCAAUUAUCCUUCCAUCAUUUUUCCAACAUCAUCUGUUCUAGCAUAAGGACAUCUUUACAUUUUGACGUCUCGUAUGGUCAUCCAAUCAAACCCUUGCAUCAUUUCAUCUUCUUGUACAUAUCGUCAUUAUCACGAUGCCAUCCGCCGCCAACCUUGCAGCCGAGGGCGUCAAGGCUGUUGCCAAUGGCAAGUACCAGGAAGGGAUCGACAAUUUGACUGAAGCUCUGAAAGAUCAUGCGGCGCCUCUUUGGCUGCUUGAGCGCUCUAAGGCCUAUGUACGAACGAACGAGAUCGAUCUUGCUCUACGCGAUGCCGACAAGGCCCUGGAAGUAUCCUUCCAACGUGCAAACCGAGAUCACAUGAUUGAGGCUCAGAUUCGACGAGCCGUUACCCUCUUCCGACUAGAGCGUUACGCCGAUGCCGACAUUUGUGCCUUCUGGGCCAUGAGACUCGUCGAUGGAGCGAAAGUGAGUGAGGAUGACCAACAGCAGAAGAAGGUUGACGAGAUUGGAGAUUACACAGUAAGCGUUGAUGAGAUUAAGAGUGCAAACAAACCUGCUCAGGGACAAGGAUUUUCUACUGCUAUGGGCGGUGCUACUGGGAGAGCUAGAGAAAUCACCCAACGCAACCAAGCACUGUCAUGGCGUCUACAGGCCCUAACUCAUAUGGAGAAAUUACCUGCCGGGCAUCCUGGUCGUAAAGUGAACCCGAUGGAGAAAUUCCCGAAGGUGUCCGGCCCAGAUCAUUCCAACACGGACAGCGAUAUCGAAAGUGAUGAGGUUGCGGAGAAUGGUUCUGAUGACGAUUGGGAUAUGUUCUAUACUCGAUACAUCGGCGGUCGCAGGCGCAACGCUAUUAGAACCAACUUCUAUCAGACAAACACUACCGUCAAUGUAGACUUCUUCGUCAAGAACAUAUCCGCGGACCGCUUUACUGUAACAGCUGAGAACCAGAAGGUUAUUAUGGGACCAUUCCCAGACACUUAUCCCGAAUCAGUCCAUCUGAACCUCUGGGGUAGGAUCAAGCCUGAUGAGAUCACACACAAUGUCAAGUCGAUGAAGGUUGAACUGGUCCUUCGCAAGGAGACAGCAGGAAAAUGGCCGAUGCUGCAGCUGGAGGAUGCCGAAGGAUUCGAUAACCUCUCGGGAAGCACUGGGGUCGACCCCUCCUUGGAGAAUUUCACGGCUUUCAUUCGUCGUCUGGGGUACAAAAGCCCCAAAGAACUUGACUUCGACGAUUACCGGGAGAUAAACGAUACUUGGUACGGCUCCGUCAUAGAGAAAAUCCAGGCUGGUCUGGAUGAUCUUAAGGUAUCAGCCGCUAAAGGCUCAGAGGUCCCGAGCGGACCAACCGAAGCUGCUACUACUGCCCAACCUAAAGGUGAUCUUAAGCAAGCUAGCAGUCCCGCGGCUCAGCCUACUCCAACUGUCAGCAAGGCAGAUUCGGCAAAGUCCACCAGCGCCCAAGCUUACCCCACCUCCUCUAAGAAAGUGGUGAAUUGGGACAAGCUUGCAGAUGUCGACGACGAGGACGAGGAGGACAAGGACGCCGAUGUCAACUCUUUCUUUCAGAAACUGUACAAGGAUUCCGACCCCGAUUCGAGGCGAGCGAUGAUGAAGAGUUACGUCGAGAGCAACGGUACGUCUCUAAGCACCAACUGGUCCGAAGCCCAGAGCAAGACGUAUAAGACUCAACCUCCCGACGGUGCCGAAGCCAAAAAGUGGGAUUAGACGAAACUCCGCACGUUGACUCGUUGGCUAGCAUGGUUUGCAUCGCUCCUUUUUUUCGGGUUCUUUUUCUUUGCUUUCUAGGUACUCAUGGGUAACACAACGGAUGGGUAGGCGGAAUGAUACCAAUGUUACUAGGCACUGACGCUUAAUACGACUAUUAUGACUUACUAGGGAUUAUCUCCGUUGGUGAUCGAAGAUUGAUUUAUCUGACAUCUGUGACAAUCGCACGAUGG